GUUUAACAGACAAUGAAAGUAAUGUGCUUAGCACAAUGCCUGAGAUAUAGUAGCAUAUAGUAAAAUAAAUGUUUGCCUUAUGUUGAUAAUACACUUAGAGCAUCAGAUGUAGAAGCCUAACACAUAGGUACUCAGUAGGUGUCAGUGCAGGCCUCCUAUCAGAAGCUUCUGAAGAGGCGAGAGACCUAUACCCUUUACAGUAGGUACCACACGAGAAGAAGUUCCAAUAAGGAUGAUAAUGGACAUUGAUGCUGUCGUUUGGCAUGUGUAUCUUCCUAGGUUAGACAGGCAUCUCAGGGAAUCCAGUUGACUUAUGACAUUCAUCGUGAGCUUGUGAUGAAGGGGACUGUUUAGGGUGAACUUACAUUUCUCUCUUCAGGCAAACACUGAGCCGCCCAGGCUGAGUAGAGAGGAGCAGCGGGGUCGAGGUGCUCUCUUACAGGACAUCUGCAAGGGGACCAAGCUGAAGAAGGUGACCAGCAUUAAUGAUCGGAGCGCUCCCAUCCUCGAGAAACCCAAAGGAAGCAGUGGUGGUUAUGGCUCUGGAGCAGCUGCCCUGCAGCCCAAGGGAGGUCUCUUCCAAGGAGGAGUGCCAAAGCUCCGCCCUGUGGGAGCCAAGGAUGGUUCAGAGAGCCUAGCUGGUAAGCCAGCCCUCCAAGUCCCCAGUUCUCGAGCUGCUGCCCCAAGACCUCCAGUGUCCACAGCCAGCGGACGCCCUCAAGAUGAUACAGACAACCGAGCCUCACUCCCAGAACUGCCCCGGAUGCAGAGACCCUCCUUACCGGACCUCUCUCGGCCUAAUACCACCAGCAGUACGGGCAUGAAGCACAGCUCCUCGGCCCCUCCUCCACCUCCCCCAGGACGGCGUGCCAAUGCCCCCCCUACACCUCUGCCUAUGCACAGCAACAAAGCCCCGGCCUACAACAGAGAGAAGCCCUUGCCGCCCACGCCGGGGCAGAGGCUUCACCCUGGUCGAGAGGGACCUCCUGCUCCACCCCACGUCAAGCCACCUCCUUCCCCUGUGAAUAUCCGAACGGGACCAAGUAGCCAGUCUCUGGCUCCUCCUCCUCCGCCUUACCGCCAGCCUCCUGGGGUCCCCAAUGGACCCUCCAGUCCCACUAACGAGUCAGCCCCUGAGCUGCCACAGAGACACAAUUCUUUGCAUAGGAAGACACCAGGGCCUGUCAGAGGCCUCGCGCCUCCCCCACCCACCUCAGCCUCCCCCUCUUUACAAAGUAAUAGGCCACCUCCCCCAGCCCGAGACCCUCCCAGUCGGGGAGCAGCUCCUCCACCCCCGCCACCCAUGAUCCGAAAUGGUGCCAGGGAUGCUCCCCCUCCCCCUCCCCCAUACCGAAUGCAUGGGUCAGACCCCCCGAGCCGAGGAAAGCCCCCACCUCCGCCCUCAAGGACGCCAGCUGGGCCACCCCCUCCUCCUCCACCUCCCCUGAGGAAUGGCCACAGAGAUUCCAUUACCACUGUCCGAUCUUUCUUGGAUGAUUUCGAGUCAAAGUAUUCUUUCCAUCCAGUAGAAGACUUUCCUGCUCCAGAAGAGUAUAAACACUUUCAGAGAAUUUAUCCCAGCAAAACAAACCGAGCUGCCCGUGGAGCCCCACCUCUGCCACCCAUUCUCAGGUGAAGCCUGGCUUGGUCCUGUUCCUCAGGAAAAGGAUGGACCCUCUCUUCUUCUCAGAUGGUCCCUUCCAUUCCCUGGAAACCUGCAUGACAGCUCCUAACGUGUUUCUCCAGUGCAACCGACCUCUAGACUCCAGGCGUCCUCCCAGCUCACCUCCAUCUAUGCAUCUCAUCUCUGGACUUGGUGACUGGACUCUUCACAUUGACAGUAGGGUCCCAGACCCUGCAUCCAUCCCUCCUCUAUGAGCCCCGCUAGCCAUAUGAGGAAGAAGCUUCCGUGUGUCCUGCUUUCCUCCUGGGGAAAGGUGCCUUGUUGUGAUGCAUUAACUCAUUGUUGGGGCAGGGUGGAGAAGGGGACCCCUACCUUCUCCUGCCACUGUUGGGGGAGCUUGGCGGGUUUAUUAUAUUUCAUUAGUUUAUGAGGCUGGCAUGAGCAGGACUUCGAGGGGAGGGGAUGGGCAUUUUGAGUGAAACAGGAAAGGAGUUUGCAGAGAAGUGAUCUGUUUUAAAGGUCACGUUUGGAGAAUGGACAAGGAAAUGGGUCUGCUUUGAUUCGUAGCGGUUAUUUUGGUUUUGCUCUCACCCCACCCCACACCCCUACCCAGAAGUAAGUUGAAGAUAACACUAAAUACUAAUCACUUGAACUAAACAUGUAAUAAAAAGGGUGAAAUAAACUAAGGAUCCAUUUAGAGCCAGUCAGUUCCUCCGCAGCACAGGGACCCUCUGGGGCUCCCUGCUCCUCUUCCUCAGGUGCUGAGGCUGAGGGACCUCAGCCUCUCACCACCUGUCCCCUAAGGGAACAGUCCCUUUCAUUCAUUCGUUACUGAUUCACAAGCCCCAGAAACCUCUAGUGAGAGAUAGGAAGAUAGGACCUUGGCCUUAACCUUGACCAUGAGGCUGCCUCAGUCUUUUCUGCCUGGCCUGGAAGGCCACUGACCUUUCAAUCCUGUUCAGCAACUUCAGCCUGCGAUGAAUGCUCCAGGAUGACACAGAAGGGAAGGGUGAAGCAGCUCGGGAAAGAGACCAGCUCUGCAGGCUAGGAAAGACUUGAAUGGCCCACUCAUUCUGAAGGUCACAGCCCAUCUGACUGAGCAGGCUCUCCCUGUUCCUUUCUCCAGCACUCAACCCCCAAGACUGCAGGGGUUCACACAGCAGAGUAGAGAAGGGUGAGGAAGCUUAUGGGGUAGUCAAAGACCCCUCUGUGCCAAGAAGCACAAAAAUUUUGGUGAGGUGUAUGUCAGUCCAGCCGAUCUUCCCAGGCAGCCAGCAAUAUGUCGUUUCGUCUUCCAGGUUCUCGUUAAAGAGCACAGAGGAAAGGGAGGUUCCCAACCUACGUAGGAACUGAGCUUGGAUCGUGGUGCAGGGACUUGCCCUUCUCCUGCAGCACGGUGGAGCGCCUGGGCUCCACGCACCAGAUGGUUUGGUUUACUCAGAGUUUGGAGUGAGAGCAGAGAAGCCAUGGCUGUUCCUUGGAAUGGAAAGUCAGUGGAAUGUUUCACCAGAUACAUCCAAGGCUUAAACUGCCUUAGGGGCCUUUCCAAUCUGUUGGGUCGCAGACUAAGGGUCUGUAUAUGGUGCCCAGUGAAACCCAGGUCUUCCCAAGGCUAGAUAAGAGAGCUCACAGCUUGGGUUAUUUCUGUGGGGUCUGCAAUCCUUGGCUGUCCCCUGGACUUCAGGGCAAACCAUGAUUAGGUCUGUCACUAGACUUUUUUCUAAUCAGUCUUUAUUUAUCAUUCUUAUUUUCAAAUCUGUUAGCAGUUACCUCCCAGCCUGUAGAGCUGAGAGAGGGGACGCUAGUGGAGGGAAAAGGAGAGAGUACAAGACCUGCUACUGCAGCAGACUUCCAGGGUAGAUGCUGACCGGUUACUGAACUUGGACUGUGAAGUCUUCCCAUUUAUUUUUGAAAUGGGGAUUGAUGCCUUUUGUACAACGUUAUCAAAGUGUAUCUUUUCUCCCCCCUCUUUACUCAAACAUGGAUCAUCAAAACAAGCAUCACGUGUAAAAGCCAAAUCCCAGCUUUUCAUUGGGGCUGGUAUCUUCCUCCCUUGUGACCUGCUGCCCACCAUAGUCCCCAGCAUCGGGACCGUGUCACAUGGGUCUUGAUUGUAUCUUCAUUUUCUUGGCCUCAUGAAAAACGGCCUGGGACUAGAUCUAGUCUGGUGGAUGUUCUUCAGAGCAUGCUGAUGACCCCAGUACCUAUUUCAGUGUCUUUGCCUUAUACAUUAUUUGGUCCCUCUGUUAAUAACAGAUUUAUUAUCAUGUGUAUUUACUAUUGAAGAAUGGGACUGUGACCCUCGUAGUUACUGAUCUAUUUUGUAUGCUGUAAAAAGCUUGUAAUACAGGUUUAAGGUGGGCUGGCUGCAAGAGCACUAAAACUUCUCACCUUUUAAACUGCUCUUUUUAUCUGCUUGUGGGAAUGCCGUCUCUUCAGUGGAAGAUUGGGUGGUCUCAUGUUGAGGCUGUUGCCCAGUCCCGUUAACCCCCUUGUCCCCUCCCAGCAGGAAGAGACCUUGCCCAACUUAAGCAUCAGGAAGCUGUGUUAAAAGCCCCUGCGUGGGUUUGGUUUUAUGAUGUUUUUCUCUCGGGGGGAAAAACUUAAUAAUUGUUUCUUACUGCCCUUUCUGGGAAACAGGGCAGUGGCCUCCAGGUUUUUAAAUGAGCUAGGUGCCCCUGUUCCCCCUUUUCUCUGGUCACCAAACCUGGAUCAUAGCACUUUGAUACGCCAGGUGUGGUUUUCUCUCACGUGGGGAUUCCCUCCAGUGGCAGAGCCGGGGCCCGCAGACUGAGAGCACGUAGGGUGCUGUCCCACCUGACGGACGUGAGGCGCCCAUCUCCAGAAAUUCACCCCAGCCCUGGCCACAGGCAGAGGCAAGAAGGCUAGCCGCUGGCCACUGCCCUGGGGGCAUCCCCUCACCCCGUAGCUUCCCAACUUGAAACCCAGAUUUACCUCCAGGGAGAGGUGAGAUAAAAUUGUAAAUAGACUUGCUACAAAGCAACUCAGGGUUGGGGUGUGUUUUAAUUCUCCUGAUCACUUGAAAUAAUCUGUAGGCUGAGUGCUUAUGGGAGUGGGGGAGAAGUGUGACUCCAGGGUCCUUCCCUUCUGCAAAGCUCUGGGGGUGGAGUGUAGGGCAUCUGAGGCCCUUUGAUAGCACUACACCGAGCUGUCUGUUCUGGAAACCCAACCUACGAUCAACUGCAGAUCAGAUUCUUCACAUUCCAGUUGUGGUCUUUCCUUCCCUAUUGAAUCUCAAUCCCUGGCUAUCUGUGGUCAAGGUGGCUUUCUUUAGGCCACUCUGAUCUAGGGAAUGGGAGGCGUUACAACUCUGCCUUCAAGAUUCAUCUCUUAAAAACAAAAUGAAACAAAACUCCAACCACCUUCAAAACACAUACAAAAAAAAAAAGGAUAACUGUUUAACCGAAGGAAGGGUUUGGUUCCAUUCAACUCCACGUUCAUUGUGCCUUUACUUGUGUUAGAUUUCUGUGCUUUCUUCCUCUCUCCCUCUUUGAAGCAAUUAAAAUCUUCCUUGAUAACUGCUGUUUCCUUCUUUCUACUCGUUUCUAACAACUUAGUGGGUUCCCUCUCGGAUUGUCUUAAAUUUCAUCCCACUGGUGGCAGAGGGGGCCGUGGCUUGUUGUCUCGUGUCCUUUCCCAGGGCGACCAGCAUGGGAACCAUAGUCAACACUGAAUAAAAGACUAGAGUGACACGUGCGAAGAGUGUGUGUGUGUGUACGUGUGUAUGUGUGCGUGCGUUCCUCUUUGUCCGCAUGUGGAUCAGUUUCUUUUAAAAAAUAAUUUAUUGUACGAUUUCUUUUGGAGUUGUUUCUGAUUACAGUGCUCCAUCUCCUGAUUAGCAUUGAUUUUUUUUUCUUCCCCCUUCUACAAUGUAUAAUCUGGUCUCAGGUUGGAUUCUUUGGUACAUUUCUUUCUCCUGGAUGCCGUGCAGUUUAAUUAAACCUUGCUUAAAAACAAAAACAAAAAACCUGAAAAA